AACACCAUGAAUUUUUGUGAAAAAGAUUAUGAGAAGAAAUUCUCGGAAAAAAUUUGUUCAUUUUAUUGAAUAGUCCACGAUUUAUUACUAAAUCGUAACAAAACAUCAGCAAACGUCUUGAAAAGAUUCUUUGUUAAACUUCUUAAAGCUCAUAAAUCAAAGCUUUUUUCAAUCAGAAUCAGAGAAUUUUUGUAAAAACAUGAGAAGAGUUAAUACUCUAGAUGUUUCUACGAAAAGUAAAAUAGAAUUAUAUGUUGGCAAUAUCACUGAAAUAAAAGAAUACGAUGUACUCGUCAUUUCUGCUUUCCCAGGAGAUUAUGAACCUACACCUGGAUCUGUGAUUGGGGCUUUAUAUAGAGAUUUAAAGGUAUCAGUUGCAGAAUUAUCUAAAAAUAAAGAGGAAGUUUGUAAAGUAUUUUCCUCUUGGUGGUCUAAACAACUUAAUGAUUUACCUAUGAACAGAAUAUUAUGUUAUGAAGGAAGUUUCAGAAACCCAAAAAGAUCUAUAGCAGAAGUGUUUGGGACACUUGUUGCUUUAGGAAAAAAUGAUUUAACUGUGGUAAUGCCCCUUUUGGCUUCUGGAGAUCAGAAUUGCAGCAAGGAAGAUAUGAUGAAUAUUAUUUUUAAUGCAUCAACUUGUUGGAUGCAAGCUGGUUUUCCAGUAAAAUUACUCAAAAUUGUGGUUUAUGCUCGCAAUGUUAAUGAUCUUGAUGCUUCAGCAUUAUCAUUAUGCACUUUGUUUGGUUUUCUAAAAACUACGAGUUGGAGGAGGCCAUUAGUUGAACAAUCAGAAGAACACUAUGACAUUUAUAUGUCUUACAAUUUUAAAGACAGAUUUCUUGCUAGUGAAAUAGUUAGAAAGUGUGAGGAGUUACAUAAUGGUAUUCGGAUCAAACAUCCUUAAUGCAUAAAUGAAAUUGAAGUAUGGCAAGAGGAAAUAUAUAAGGCUAUUGUGAGGAGUUCAUGUGUUAUUGCUUUGACAUCUUCAGAAUAUUUAAAUGAUUCCUCCUGCAUUGAACAGUUUAAUAUCGCUUUAUGCUCUUCAAGAUAUCAAAAUUCUGGUGAUUUAUUCAUAUUCCAUGUUUCAGAUAUAUCUUUACCUACUUAUAUGGGUUUUCAUGGUUUUUUUGAUUGCAGGCAAAGUAAUGAAAAGGUGACGAAUGCUUGCAAAGAUGUUUGUCGUUCUAUAUUUGGAUCAACCAUAAAUGCUAUAUUUCCUGAUCCUGUUGAAAAUAACGAGAUGUUGCUUGCUGUUGAGCACGAUGAGAUGCUAUUAUCAAAGAGCGUUUAGGUGUAUCUGUUCUGAAUGCUUUGGGAGGACCAAUGUUUAUUUAAAAAGUAUAUUCAUCUGCUAUCAAUAUGUCGGUGGAACGGAUUUUUAUUUAUUAACAAAAUUAAUAUUUAUAUUUUAUUUGAAAUAUUUUUAUUAUUAUUUGAUUAUUAAUAUUUUUAUUUUAUUUGAAAUAUUAUUAUUAUUUGAAAAAUUUUUAUUAUUAAUUUAGUAUAUAAUUUGUUUAAAUAAUAUUUAUUUGUAUUAUAAUGUUGAAAGUAUAAAAAA